AUGUCGAUCGGUAAAAUGUACGUUUUUAGUGUAAAAUGGUUCGUCUUCGGUUGUCUGUUGGUGGUUCACGCCGAUGAAAACCAUCAGCGACAACUGCCGGAGUUCACACCACCCCCUCCGAAGGACCAUGGCCCUACAACCCCGGCGGCUAUCGGGCUGUUCAUUGUGCCGUUUCCCCAGUCGGCCGCCGACGGCUCAAUAGUCGACGUUAAUCCAAACUUUAUAGCCGCCUUGCAGUCCGGUGUUAGCCCUUUCGCUGCGUUUGUGCAGAGCGACACCGGGGCACAAAGAUUUCCUCCGGAUACUAAUUGGACUUUACCCCAGCAUAUUGCGCUCAUCAGCACGUUCAUAAAUCAGACACAGGCGAACAUUCUCAAACCAGGUGGGCAACAGCAGACCAAUGCCGGUACCAGUGCUCAAAGUUCGGCACCCAAAGAUCCCGUCUUUAUGUCUGCUCCCUUAGCGUAUAAGCCGGGUAAGCCAAACCUUGUGGGGCAGCUGCUUGCCAACGCUCCAGGGUUUAACAAUAGCUUUGCAAUGAUCACAAAUUUGGUAGAAAGUAAGCCUGUGGCGGCUCUUGCUUCGAUAUCGGAUGCCCCCCAAUCGGACCCCUUACAAGGAUUGAUGGACUCUCCACAGUCAGCCGUGUUGAACGCCACCAGCGCUGUGCAAGGAGUCAUCGAUCAGUGGGGCUCGAACGUUCAAAAUGGCGUAGGAAAUUUCUUUGGUCUGUCCAGCAACCAACCGAACAACGACCAGGCGGCUUCCAGUUCGCCAAAUGCACCGUUGAAUCCCGUACAAAGUCUCGUCGAAGGUUCUCAAGCUUCGUGGAAUAACGCUACCGCAGUCGCUCAGGGCAUUGCUGGACAGUUCGGAUCAAACGUCCAGAAUGGAGUAUCUAAUGUUUUCGGUAUUAACCUUAACCGGCCGAGCAACGACGAGCCAGUUACAGAUACGACCCAGUCAACCAGUCCUGGACCGGAUACAACCACAUCAACGGCUCAAUCGUCGUCCACAGAGUUGGCUGCAACGGAUAGUUCGACAGUUUCCACUUCGGUUACGGGAGCUCCUACUUCGGCAACUCCUACUUCGGCAACUCCAACUUCUGGAUUUUCGAAUCCAUUUUCAAGCCUUUUCAACACCUCGCAGUUAUCACUACUAAACAACAGUGUUCUAGUGCAGACAUUAACUGGUCAGGUGAGCUCGAAUUUGGCUAACGGCCUGGCGGGACCUUUUUUUGCCAACCUUAACCGACCCGUAAAACAUGACCAACGUGGUGCCUCGUUGAAGGAUAACCCUGGAAAAGGCUUUCCUCCAAGUUGGAUUAUUCCACAGAAUUUGGAUGGCAUAAGCUCGCUCGUAAACCAGUCUGGUAUUGUUAAACCAUCCGGUGGACUGCAACCAGUAGCCAACAAUAGUGGGCUUGCUUUUACUUCCAAUGAUCCCGUCGUACUUAAUGCACCGGCGUAUAAGCCGGAAAAACCGAACCUUGUGGGACAACUGCUUUCCAACGCUCCAGGAUUUAACAAUAGCUUUGCAUCGAUCUCUAACUUGAUUCAAGCUAAACCUGAAUCACCUGCCACCAUGGUUUAUAAAGACACGAUUCCAGACCCCCUGCAAGCACUCAUCAGCUCCUCACAGUCCGCUGUGUCGAACACCACUGGCGCCGUGCAAGGAACCAUCGGUCAGUGGGGAUCGAACGUGCAGAAUGGAGUGUCCAACGUAUUCGGUGUUAACGUCAACCGUCCAAGCAACGAUGAGCCAGUUACAGACACAACCCAGGCAACCAGCUCUGCGCCGGAUACAACCACAUCAACGGCUAAGACCUCGCCCGCAACCGAUAGUUCACCAACUUCCGCAACGGUUGCCGCAGCUCCUGCUGGGACAAGUAUCAUUUCUGGCAGUCUGAAUCCUUUGGUAGUGUUAGGGGGGAGCUCAAAACCCUCUCUGUUGAAUGCAACGCAGGGACUCAUUACACCAUUGGGCUCAAAUGGGCUCAUCUUCUACAAAAAUCCCAACCGACCCAAUGCGUCUCAAAAUGCUUCAGCUGACACGCCCUUAAUGGAUGUUCCACCGACAGCACCAACGUGCGCUGGAUGUACACCUGGCCAAUGUUCUUAUAGCCCCUUCCGGAACCUUCGGAUCAUUGGUGGGUCAGACGUGAACUACACAACAGACUUUCCGUGGGUCGCAUUGAUCAAGUACUCGGGGACUCCUUACACACAGGGGUCACUAAUCAACGACCGUGCUAUAUUGACAACGGCAACCAUAGUUUCCAGUAUGAUCGACAUCUCGUCGAUCUCUGUCGUUCUGGGGAUCCUCGACCGGUCCGCUACAGGUACCACCGACCACAUGAUCUCAAGCACAUACAUACAUCCCGGCUACUCGUCCAGCAAUCUGUUUGCGGACAACAUCGGUAUACUCACCCUGAUGACUCCGCUAACAUCAUCAUUCGAGCCCGUGUGUUUGCCGAUGGGAUCCCAGGUGUACUAUCCUAUUCCUAAAGCUACCGUUGUUGGAUGGGGCUCCUCAACAACCCUCAAUGGGCCAAAGACAGAUGAUUUACAGGUAGCUGAACUACAAAUGUACGCUACAGUUGCGUGUCAAACUGCGUAUGGUAGUAAGGUCACCAACAAGAACCUUUGCGCUGGACAAGGCCGACCUCCCUCAACAAAGAAAGGAACAUGCACGGGUGAUGGCGGAAGUCCUCUCAUGGCUAAGCCUCCACUGUCUUCCGUAUGGCAGCUCUUAGGCAUUACAAUUGAAAUUCCUAAUGCAGGGUGCGGAGUUUGGAGUCAGCCAUCGGUUUUUACCAACGUUGCUGCAUACAUGGAUUGGAUCGUCACCUACGGCCCAGGAUGCAGUUGUCCGCAGACAAGCCCAUAUUAG